AUGUCGACCACUGCUGAGGAAAGAAAGUCGCUUCCUGUGACUGUUGAAAAAGCCAUUCCUGUCACUUACGAUCUAGGAAAUUUGGCGGUUUUUGAUUCGAACACACUGGACAGAAAUGACCUAGACUCUUCGAACGCUAAACGCGAAACCCAUAUCAAAGAUCUGACUCGUGACAAUGUGCAAUUGAUGAUUAACCAGAUUUUGUCUCUUCCAAUAAAAAGCACAACCGAAGCUGCUGGCGGAACUAGCGGCCAAAGCGCUAGCAUGACGCUAGUACAGCUACCAGAUCCUACUAGCGAACUUCCCAGAGAAAAACCUUUGCCCAAGCCUAAGGCUCCUACGAAAUGGGAGCAAUUUGCUGCUAAGAAGGGUAUUAAGUCCAAGGAGAAAGCGGGUAAGAUGAUUUACGACGAAGCUGCAGGUGAAUGGGUACCUAAGUGGGGUUACAAGGGUGCCAACAAAAAGCUCGAUUCUCAAUGGCUAGUAGAGGUUGACGACACCCCCAAGAAAGCUGGCGAUGAACUAAUUGACCCAAGAACCUUGAGCCGGGCGGACCGUAAAAAGCUCGUCAAGAAAAAUGAGCUUCAGCACAAGAGAAACUUGAAGGGCGCCAACUAA